AUUGGAAAGUCAUGCGUGUCAGCUGAUGGAGUCAUGUGACCGAGGUUCCCAGCUGGGAAAAUAGAACUUUUUUUUCAAUCUGGCGACUCGGCGCAGCGCUUUCCUUGUUCCUCCCCGGACUGUAGGUAAUUGUUAUACACGGAAGAUGAAUUCAGAAGAUCUUCAGCCUUUGCUAGAUUCUCCUACACAUCAAGGGAACGAGAAUAUCCUUAACAGAUAUUUGAACAAUGUCCAGAACAAGAACCUGUAUUUAGCAACAUUCGCUGCCGUACUGGGACCUUUGAGCUUCGGGUUUGCCCUGGGGUACAGCUCCCCAGCCAUUGCAGAGCUAACCAACGUAGACGACCCUCGUUUGGCAUUAGACAAAGAUGCUGCAUCAUGGUUUGGGUCUAUUGUUACAAUCGGCGCAGCGGCCGGAGGGAUAUUCGGCGGCUGGAUCGUGGAUAGGAUCGGGAGGAAGCUCAGCCUGAUGCUCUGCGCCCUGCCGUUCGUUCUGGGAUUUACGCUCAUCGUCUCUGCGCAGAACGUUUGGAUGCUGCUUUUGGGUCGCCUGAUGACUGGGCUGGCAAGCGGAGUCACUUCAUUGGUUGUUCCCGUCUACAUUUCAGAAACAUCCCAUUCCCGAGUUCGAGGCACCCUUGGGUCCUGUGUUCAGCUGAUGGUUGUUACAGGCAUAGUCGGUUCAUACAUUGCAGGGAUGUUGCUGGACUGGCGCUGGCUUGCUGUGCUCUGCUGCAUCCCGCCUGUUUUCAUGGUAAUACUCAUGUGCUUCAUGCCAGAGACCCCCAGAUACCUCAUCCAGCAGGACAAGACCUCGGAAGCAAUGGCUGCCUUAAAAUUCCUGCGGGGCCCCAAUGCAGACCAUGAGUGGGAAUACAGGCAGAUUGAGUCCAGUGGGGAUGACCAGGAGACCAGCUUGGCGUUUUCGGAACUGCGGAGUCCCGCCAUCUACAAGCCUUUUCUGAUCGGGAUUUUCAUGAUGUUCUUUCAGCAGUUCACUGGGAUCAACGCGAUCAUGUUCUAUGCAGACACCAUCUUUGAAGAAGCCAAUUUUAAGAAUAGCAGCCUGGCGUCUGUCAUCGUAGGGCUCGUCCAAGUGGCUUUUACAGCAGUAGCAGCCAUGAUAGUGGAUAAAGCGGGGAGAAAAGUCUUGCUCUUUAUUUCUGGGAUCAUCAUGGCUAUCAGUGCCGGGGUGUUUGCCAUCUAUUUUAAACUCACAACGACUGUUGUAAACAACUCCUCGGGGCUGCAGUCAUUAGCCACCGGCACCCCCAUUAGCCCAGUGGAUCACCUAGCAUGGUUAGCUCUGGCUAGCAUGGGACUGUUUAUAGCAGGCUUUGCCAUUGGCUGGGGUCCCAUUCCUUGGCUGAUCAUGUCGGAAAUCUUCCCUCUGCGGGCACGGGGCGUGGCCAGCGGUGUGUGCGUCGUCACCAACUGGGGCUGCGCUUUUCUAGUAACGAAAGAGUUUCACGAACUUAUGGUCUCUCUCACCUCCUAUGGGACCUUUGGUCUCUUUGCUGGUUUCUGCGCCCUUAACGUACUUUUCACGGCAUUCUGCGUCCCCGAGACCAAGGGGAAAACGUUGGAGCAGAUCGAAGCUCAUUUCCGGGGCUCAGGCAGCGUUCAAGAAUACGGAUCGUUUGCUGAUAUACAGUAGCCCAAUAGGGAUUCUGGAGAUUUCGUCAGACUAUAGAGUGCAAAGGGGCUCCCCCCGUUCUAGGUACACAGUCGGAUUAAGCUUCUGUAUUCACUUUGGGAGUGACAGCACUAUUGCACAUACUCUGAGUUUGGUUACAAUGGACAUGUUGGUUAUUGAGCAUGCAAUGUGGGUGUUGGGCCCACUGUAGACCAAGGGCCCACUUACCGGACUUUUUUUUUUUUCUUUUUCUCUCUUCCAAUGUCACAAUUUCUUUGUAUCACACACUUCUUCUCUCUCUGUUCUUCACUACUGUGUUGUUCCCUUUGUUCUUGGCUAAAGCGAGGGAAUAAGGUUUCAUUUGAACCUGGGGGGUGUAGGAGCCUUUCAUAGUCAAGGACCAUUGUCUCAGAGUUUUGCAGCUUUAUAUUUAUAUGGAAUUUGUGUCUAUUCCCUACUGGCAAUAUGUUCUUAUAAGUAAUGAGUGUGUCCCCUGAGCACUUUUAGCAACCUAGAGCCACUACGUAUGGACAUUGCAGCGGACACCAUGGACAGAUAUGGAAAGGUGGAUAAAAAAAGCAUGGCUCUUCAAUUUAAUAUGACUGUUACACUGUUGGAUUUGUAUAAUAAGACACCUACCUAGGAGAAGGACAGGUAAAAACAAAGUAAGCUUUAUUAGAAAGGUCAAUGUAAAUACAGCCAUAAGCACU